UAAAAUCAUAAAUAAACCAUUACACGAACACAUACAGUUUAUACGCAUUUUUUAAUUGGUAGAAAAAAUAGUCACAACUAAUACAUUUAUUACAAAAAAAUUAUGAUAAUGAAAAAAUCGUAUGUUCGUUUAUUAUUAUCUAUAUUUAUAUUAAGUACUGAAGCAGUAUUGAAUUCAAGAAUUAAUACUGAUAUCUAUAAUAGUCUCGUUAACAAUAAUGGAUGGAAAUAUUUAAAGGAUGUGAAAUGUAUUCAGUAUUGGCAACAAUUUUAUAGUUUAGAAAAUCAUUUAGAAAUUACUACUCCAAAAGGUUGUAAUAAAAGAAUUAGAAUACUGACUUUAUUAUUGGCUUGUACAUAUGCAAAAGAUUUAAAAAUACUAUUUUUCAUAAUAAUACAAUUUGGUGAACAUUGUAAAAGUUUGAAUGACAUAUUUGAUUCAAAAGCAACUGGAUAUGAUUGCACUGUAGAGUUAUUGAAGAUUUUACAGAAAAUGUCAUCGAUAGCGACAUUGAUGAAAGAUACACUUUAUGUACUGGACAAUCUGCACUCUGUUCCAUGGAAAGAUGGGAAAAAUAAUAACUUUAUUUUAGAUAAUAUAUUAAUAAAUUUAGAAAAGUUUAACAACGUCUUAAGACACCAGCUUUCUUUGGAAAAUUAUUCAUCAGUCACGGAAAAUUUUUUUCAAUUUAUUUACUCAUAUUGUACUAAUAAAAUGUCUAACAUUGAAUGUGAUAUUAAAAUGUAUUGCAAUUUUGAAUCAGACGAUAUAGAAUUUCUAUGGGUACAAUGGAUUAAAGAAUACAGAAAUAUUAAUGACAAAACUUUGCAGUUCUAUGAAUAUCUGAGUCAAAAAGUCAAUUUGAAAAUUAAUUCCAUAAUUAUAGGAAAAUUUCAUAAUCUAGGGUUUCGACAUAAUCGGAAAACACUACAAAUUGGUAUACCUCUACCAUCCACGUAUAAUACCAACGGUACAAAAUUUUUCAUUAGGCCAAGUAAAACAUCUGAAAAAAUUCAAAGCAAAUCAGAGGAAAAUGGAAGGGAAAACACGUUUGAAAAUCGAUGGAUACUAGAACUUAUUGAUUCAUUGAAUAAAGAAAUGGUUAAUGUAUCUGAAACCAAUGAAGAAACGCAACAAAUCCAUUUUAUCGGACAAGAUUUGGUUAAUGUAUCUGAACUCAAUAAAGAACUGCAACUAAUCGAUUUUCCCGAAAAAGAUUUGAUUAAUGUAUCUGAACCCAAUAAAGAACUGCAACUAAUCAAUUUCCUGGAAAAAGAUUUGGUUAAUGUACCUGAACCCAAUAAAGAACUGCAACUAAUCGAUUUUCUCGGAAAAGGAUUAAAUCCUGAUGCCUCAUAUGAUGAUAUCUCAGAAUUGAUGGAAACAGACGAAAAUAGAGAAAAUUAUACCAAGUAUCUUUAAUCAGUAAUUUUAUGUGUAAUUACCACUUUUAUCAAAAUUUAAUAAUAAAACAUUUUGUUUAAACUUCAA